AUGUUCCGUACAUUAUUAACCAAAAGACUAUUCAAUACAUCAAUAAUGGUUUCCUCGCAAGUUAAGAACAAGGUCGAAGAAUUGAUCAAAACUAAACCAGUUUUCAUUGCCUCCAAAUCAUAUUGUCCAUACUGUCAUGCAACCAAGAAUACAAUUGAAGCUAUAACAAAGGAUGCUUACAUUCUUGAGUUAGACGAAAUUGACGACGGUGCUGAAAUCCAAGAAGCAUUAUUGGAAAUCACUGGCCAAAGAACUGUUCCAAAUGUUUUCAUUGGUGGUCAACAUAUUGGUGGUAAUUCCGAUGUCCAAGCUUUGAAAUCUAGCGACAAGUUAGAUGACAAGAUCAAAGCUGCUUUAUAG